AUGACCGCUCAGGACGACAAGAAGGACAUCACGCAGCUCGAGCGCACCCUCUCAGGCGCUGAUGAGAAGGGCGACCACGUCGACUACACCCGUGUCGACAAUGAAGUCGCCAAGUACGCCGAUGCCACUGGAGUCAUCAUCACAGAGGAGGAGGACAAGCGCCUGAAGAAGAUGAUCGACAGGCGUGUGCUUCCGAUCAUGGUCUUCACCUACUUCCUGCAGGCGCUCGACAAGGGUACAAUGUCCUUUGCUGCUAUCAUGGGCAUCCGUGAAGAUAUCCCUGGUCUCACACCCAAGUUCGCCUGGUUGACUACCUGUAUCUACUUGGCUGUACUUGUUGUUGAAUACCCGACCAACUGGAUCAUCCAGCGUGUGCCCGUGGCCAAAUACCUUGGCUUCAACAUUCUGGCCUGGUCCACUGUUCUGUGCUUGCACGCCGUCUGCUUCACCUUCCCUGCCCUUGUCUCUAUCCGAACUCUGCUCGGUGUCUUCGAGGCUGUCUGCCAGCCUGCGUUCCUGAUCAUGAGCUCUAUCUGGUACAAGCGCUCCGAGCAGGCUCAAGUCGUCACCUACUGGUACAUGAUGAACGGAGCGCAGCAGAUGGUCGGUGGCCUGCUCGCUUACGCCUUCUCCCAGAUCAGACACCCUUCAUACAAGCCUAACCCCGGCCAUGCAGCCAUCAGGUCCUGGCAGGCGAUCUUCAUCACCUAUGGCUGUAUCUCUUUCCUUUGGGGCUUGUUCGUCAUCUACUGGCUCCCGGACUCUCCCAUGCGCGCCAAGUGCUUCUCGGAAGAGGACAAGAAGCUGAUGGUCGAGCGCGUUCGGUCCAACCAGACCGGUCUCCAGAACAAGACCUUCCGCGCGUACCAGCUCAAGGAGGCUCUCACCGAUCCUCAGACGUACUGCUACAUGUUGAUUCAGAUCUGCACGACUCUGCCUACCUCCGGACUCGGCGCCUUCUACAACAUCAUCAUCAAGGGCCUCGAGUUCAGCGUUCUCGAGACGCAGCUUCUCGCCAUGGUGCUUGGUGCCAUUAUCAUUUUCACGCUCAUGACUUCUGCGUGGGCAACGAGGAAGUGGAACCAGAACCUGUACACCAUGCUUGUCUUCUUGAUUCCAUCCUUCAUCGGCACAAUCGUAAUCAUGACUGUCAAGAACACCAACCACGCUACCCGCGCCGGACUCCUCAUCUCCUACUGGAUCAUCUUCACCUUCUGGGCGGCGCAGGGUCUCGGCAUGUCGAUGCUGACGCGAAACGUCGGAGGGCAGACGAAGAAAUCCGUCUGCAUCACCAUGAACUUCCUAGCCUGGUGCGCAGGAAACGCCACUGGACCACAAGUCUUCUUCCCCGGCGACGCGCCACGCUACCUCAAGGCCUUUUCCAUCCACCUCGGCUGCUACAGCGUCUUGGUCUUCGUCAUCCUAUUUCUGCGCUGGGACCUGACGCGCCGCAACAACAAGAAGGACCGCGAGUUUGGCGAGGAGAUCAACUCGGCGCACGGCUUCGACGAUCUGACAGACAAGGAAAACCCCAACUUCCGCUACGUCUUCUAG